GAUACAAAUAUUUUUGGGGUGUUAUAAUAAUGACUCCAUAGAAUAGAUAUUGCCUUUUUUUAUUUGGUCAACAAAUUCAUUUGAAAUGCAUUAUACGAGUCAGAACUAGCUUAGCUAGUAGAAAUUCCAGAGCUGUCAUUUUUCAACGUGUAACCAGGCACUAUCUCAGUGGCAGAUUUUGACCGUGCUAGCAAUGCACUUUGGCCACUUCAUAACAAGACAGCGAACUCAGAAUUGGACAUUAGACCAUGACGGAGGAGGCUUUCGAUGUGGUGGUGGUGGGUUCCUGUAUGACUGACUUGGUCAGGUGGAUUCUCUAACGGAAGUAGGCUACAAAUCGCAGCGUCUGUUGGAGACAGACAGGUCGAUUGGCGAAUGAGCCAGGCACCAAGGCUACCCAAGGCGGGAGAGACCAUCCACGGUCACAAGUUCUUCAUUGGUUUCGGAGGCAAAGGGGCAAACCAAUGUAUUCAGGCUGCUAGAAUGGGAGCCAAGACUGCCAUGGUCUGCAAGGUUGGCAAAGACUUCUUUGGAGAAAACUACAUCCAGAAUUUCAAGGACAAUGGUGUAUCCACAGAGUUUGUGGGGCAGACGGUUGACUCGGCCACUGGUGCUGCCUCCAUCAUUGUCAACGAUGCAGGGGAGAAUGCCAUUGUGAUCGUGGCUGGUGCCAACCUGCUACUGGGUGGCGAGGAUCUGCGGCGGGCACUGCCAGCCUUAAGCCAUGCCAAGGUAAUGGUGUGCCAGCUGGAGAUCAGCCCGGACACCUCCCUGCAGGCCCUGCGCCUGUCCCAUGAGAACAACGUGAAGACCAUUUUCAACCCAGCGCCAGCCAUUCCAGACCUGGAUCCUGAAUUCUAUAGAGCAUCUGAUGUGUUCUGCUGUAACGAAUCAGAGGCAGAGCUGCUGACGGGGGUGGCCGUGGCGAGUAUAGAGGAUGCUGGCCGGGCCGGUGAGGAGCUGCUGAGGCGAGGCUGCAGCUCGGUCAUCAUCACCCUGGGCUCCCGGGGCUGCGUUGUGCUGUCGGCACAGGAGCCCUCGUCCCCAUCACACCACGUCCCCACCAAGCCGGUGACAACAGUGGAUACCACGGGAGCUGGAGACAGUUUCAUUGGUGCCCUGGCCUUCUACAUGGCUCACUUCCCUACAAUGUCCCUGGAAGAGAUGGCCAGGAGAGCCAAUCAGGUGGCAGGAGUGAGUGUACAGACAAUUGGGACACAGGCGUCUUAUCCCUCUAAAAAGGACCUACCCACAGACCUUUUCUAGAGAAGACAGCAACUUGCACGCUAAAUGGACACUGUGAGCCUGAACUAUCUAAAACACUGUGCCAAGUACUGUAUCAAGUAAUUAAACGACUAUGUAAAUAACUUAA